AUGGAACAACAACAAAUUAUGCAACAAUUACAACUAUCAUCACAUCGUCAAUAUCUACUUAAUUCAUUUCAACCAAUUAUACAGGAAUUUAUUAAAACAGUACCAAAUGCAUCAAAUUUUAGUCAAGAUGAAUUAUUAGAUCUCGAAUUAACUGUAAUGUUAGCUAAUAGUUGUUUUGGUGGAAAUAGUUUAUUAUUAAAUGAUGUAAUUAUUUCUGCUAACAAUACUAAUAAUAAUAAUCAAGCGAUUAUAAAUGAACAUGAAGAAUUAAAUGCAGCAAUGAUUGCUAAUAGUGGUGUUGGUAGUGAUUCUAGUCAAUUAUUGGCUGCUAAUGAAAUUACACGUAAUCGACAAUUUUAUCGUACAAAUGAAGUACGACCACCAUUUACAUAUGCAUCAUUAAUUAGACAGGCCAUACAUGAAUCACCGGAUAAACAGCUUACAUUAAAUGAAAUUUACAAUUGGUUUCAAAAUACAUUUGUUUAUUUUCGUCGUAAUGCUGCAACAUGGAAGAAUGCCGUCCGUCAUAAUCUAAGUUUACAUAAAUGUUUUAUGCGUGUUGAAAAUGUUAAAGGUGCUGUUUGGACUGUUGAUGAAUUAGAAUUCUAUAAACGACGGCCACCAAAAUCGGAAAAAGGAUCCGGAAGCGAUGAAGAAUUUAAUUCAUCAUUAUCAUGGGUUAAUGGACAAACAGAUUUAUUACAAUCACCAACAUUAUUAACAAAUAGAUUAUCAUCAUUACCAUCAUUGAUUAAAAAACCUGGUGCUCGUGGUCGUCCAAAACGCUAA